GACAUCUAUCCCUACUCCAGCUGAUGCAUUCUCAUUACCUUUAGGGAUUGGUCUUUCCUUUCCCUUCUAUGGGAACCGAAAUUUAUGCAUUAUAUUAGAAAGGAAAGACCUUGCUUAGACUAAUAUGUAGAGUGGAGGAGGAGCAACAGUAAUUGGUAUAGUAUAUAUAUACACAGUGUGUGUCCUGAACUGGACAUGUCAUCGCCUCGCAACAUGAAGCUCCUGGUUUAUAUAACUUCUGUCCUAGUGUUCGUGGCUGCCGUGUCUGCUGCCCCAUUGGGUUAUGACCUGAGACCACCGACUUACCCAUACUUUCAUCAUGGCUUUUGCGCUCACGGACAAGUGCGACACGUGGACGGUAGCUGUAUUACUCCUCAAGUGUAUACACGGGCAUUUCUCUACGAUGCUCCAAGAAGAUUUAAUUAUUUUAGGCGGCCACAUUACAUCCCGCAACCUAAAGUGGAACGCAAUGUCGUUUUCGUGAGGCUGCCCGAAGAUGACCAGGGACCUGAUCCGAUCAUCGUUCCUCCUCCUCAGCAGCAACAGGUCGUGUACGUCCUCAACAAGCAAACGGAGCAAGACCAGCGAGUGAUCGAAGUGCCAGCACCGCCGCCGACGGAGCCUGAAGUGGUGUUCGUGAACUAUGAGGAUGGCGAGAACCCGAUUCUUCCCUCCGGGGAAGAUCUCCACUCGGCAGUGACUACGGCUUCUCAUGGCGUCGGUCACAUUGUAGAAAGUGGAGGAAUCGGAGGUGGAAUCAGUGGUAUCGGUAGUGGAAUCGGACAUUCCACUGGGCACAUUUUCACUCACGGCGCUGGUAGUGCCUUUGGAGGUAACUUUGGUAUCGAUAUCGAGAAUCACAAUCUUCUCGCAAGUGAUUACUCUAUACCUACAAGUCAUCACUCUACCCAUACAAACCAUCACUCUACUCAUACGAGUCAUUUUUCUAGCCCAGUAAGUCACUAUACUACUCCCAGAAGUCACUACUCAACUCCUGCAACCCACUAUAGUACUCCCAGAAGCCAGUACUCAACCCCUGGAAGUCAUUACUCUACUCCUUCUAGUCUCUACACCACUCCAUAGAGAUGGUUCUUUUAGUAGAUGAUAUAGACUACAAUGACAGCAAGGUUUUGCAGAAUUCUACAUAUGUUCACUGACAUGGGUCACAUCUGUAGAUUUUACAUUCACAGACUAUACGAAAACAUGUAGUGAUGUAAUGAUCGAAGCAAAUAAUGUUUCAA